AUGAUAUACGAUCAACCAGAACACUUUGGUCUAUUUGAGAAAACAUUCACAGCAAAAGAGAAAGAGGAAGUCAAAUAAUUCUUGAAAUACGAUAGACAUGUUCCUUUGAAAUUGACUGAAUAAGUGUUCCAUGCAGAAGCAGAUGCAUCGAGAUUUGAAAGAUUAGGAUUAGUUGGAGGUGCAGUCUAUUCAUUCUCAUUCUUCUUCUUUCCAAUAAUAAAAGGUUUACCAAUUAAAUAGAGAUUAUUUUGGGCUGCUGUUCCAGGAGGUGUAGUUGCAUGGUUGGGAUGGAGAAUUAAAGAAGAAUUAGAAUGGAAUAGAGUUUACAAUUGCUAUUAGAAAUAUCAAGUAGCUCAUUCCAUGCACAAGAAGGUGUUCAUUUGAAAAUAUGGCAGGCACAAAAUAUAAAUAUAUAAAACCAAAAAUAUCCAAUUCAAUAA